ACCAAACGAAGCGACGACGACGACGACAUAAGUAACACAGUGGUCGGUUCAUUUACUUUAGUUUGCUAGUUCGCUGCACUAGGUGCAGCAGUGAAGCGAACGGAAAAGUGACACUGGACAAAAGCGCUACGCGUGAACUACGAGGUUCCGUGAGCUUACGGUCUUCUCCCUGCCUUCGACUCCACGCGUGGUCGACAACGUCACCGAGAGCUGUCAAGUGCGAGGAACAGUGCCUUCGACGGUCUGGCGAGCUCUUUUAGUCAUUUUGCUGAACUCUUAAAAGUAGACGCAAAACUACGAUGGCAACGGUGGCGUAGACUUCCCUCUGUUUUUUUUUUCUUCGAGGUUUCCACGAGCGUUUGAAACUGUAGAAGAAAAAAAAGUAUGGCUUCUUCGCUGCUGCUGGGUAGCCCGACGGACUAUGAACCGUACUCGUUCGGGCAGGGCGAGACCCUGACCCUCAACAGGAGCUGGGGUUCGCCGUCGACGAAUCCGGCUGACAGCGAGGUUGACGCCGAUGCCUCUUCCUCGGUGGCCGAGGACCGGCUCUACGAGGUGCCGGUAGAGGUGAUAGUGCUGCUGUCCGUCUGCUACGGCGCCAUCUCGCUGGUGGCAGUGGUGGGCAACACGUUCGUGCUCUGGAUCGUGGCCACAUCGCGCCGCAUGCGCACCGAGACCAACUACCUGAUCGCCAACCUGGCCAUCAGCGACAUCAUCAUCGGCCUCUUCUCCAUCCCGUUCCACUUCCAGGCUGCGCUGCUCCAGCGGUGGCUCCUGCCGCGCUUCAUGUGCGCGUUCUGCCCCUUCGUACAGGUGCUGUCGGUGAACGUGUCCAUCUUUACGCUGACGGCGAUCGCCGUGGACCGGUAUCGGGCGAUCACGAUACCGCUGAAGGCGCGCCUCAAUUCCCGCCUGACGGCACGCGUCCUCAUCGGCGUCAUCUGGGUGGCAUCAGCCAUGGCGGCGGCGCCGUACGCCUUCGCGCUGCGUGUCACCCUGGUCGAGGACGAACGAACGGGCGAGCGAACGCGCCCCUUCUGCCACAACGUGGCGCUGCCUCCCAGCGCCUGGCGCGUCUACAACAACGCGCUUGUCUGCUCGCAGUACUUCGCGCCCUUGCUGGUCAUCUGCUACGUGUACGAGCGCAUUCGCCGCCUGCUCAAGGACUCGACCAUCCCCGGAAACCCGGAGUCCGUGCGAGACGCCAUCGUCGUCAGGAACAAGAAGAAGGUUACCAAGAUGAUGUUCAUUGUGGUCGCCAUCUUCGCUCUGUGCUGGCUGCCAUACCAGACAUACAACAUCCUCACCGAGAUCUACCCGGAAAUUAACUCAUAUCGCUACAUCAAUGUCAUCUGGUUCUGCUGCCACUGGCUGGCCAUGAGCAACUCCUGCUACAAUCCAUUCAUCUACGCCAUCUACAGCGAGAAAUUCAACGCCGAGUUUCAGGCUCGCAUCCGCUGCUGCGCUCGACGGCAUCACGACGAGAUUGUCUACGGCCAUUCAUCCAUUAUGACGCAGCUUUCGGUGCGACUGCAGUCCUGAAACGUGCGAAAAAACACCGCGGUCGUUCUUGGAGGCCUGUGAUCUAGCCGCUCCGCCAAUGAAAAUGAGUUUCGAUGUCGCGUAUGUGCAGAGCAAUCGCAGGUGAUGAUAGGACCACAUGCCUCAGGAAUGCGGGACGUUGAUCAGGUCGGGUUCUGUCUUUAUGAAAAUCCUUGACGCAGCAGCAUUGUAACCUAACAUGUAAUCUUGAUGAGCAAGGACAAAAAUUUGCCCUGCAUUUUCUGUAGAAGCAAAACACUGUAAAAACUCGCCAAAGUUGCUCUAUGUGCGUGAGAAACUUGACCUGUUUACAUCAUGGCUUCUUUUUUUUCUGCGCACUGCUGCAAAUAACAACAUAACUGUAUUCUUCCACAAAAAAGAAGCGUUCUAUGGCGUAAUCUAAAAGGCAUGCUGUGCCAUGCCUGCCAAGAGGCGACGCUGCGUUUCCCGCAAUCAGUGAUGCAAAGCCUCGACCAAUUGUUAGCUUGACGAGUAGUUGGAGGACUCAUAAGAAUUCAGAUGCUUCCCCUAACGAUGCUCCUUGCUUAAUCAGGCUCGUUGAGAAAUGCACAACUAUCGCACGAUGACAGCAGCCUGUCGUUUAAUGGAGCAGUAACUGGAGAAACAGUACUUGGAUGCCGGCAUUUCAAGGCAGGCACUUGAGCACCAACACUCGUCACUGCCUUUUGCAGCGUCUACAAAAAUGUGCAAUGUUGCUGCAAGAGCGUAAACGACUCACUCGGGUUGCCGCCUUGACCGGAAAAGAAGUCAAUGCACAUAGACAGCUUCUGCAUAGGGCCAACAUGAUUACAGUGGUACGGAUUCCGGUUACACGAGUCUCCUUGGAUGCCGGAGUUACUGAUUUAAUAGAAUGCUUUAGCGUACCGAUGCACGUGCACUCCUGUAGGCGUUCGUAUUACCGUCGUGGAUCGUGAUAGUUGGUCGCAACAUUUGAUAAUUCUUUUCCCUGCGUGCAAUUAAAUGUGUCAGGACAGAUUACGUUUCAAGUUUGCGAGGCAUGUUGUGCCAUGCCUUCAGGGGUCCUGCUGCGUUGUCUGGAAUCAGUGGUGCAAAGCAUUGACAAACUGUUUGAAAGCAAGAAGCAAAAGUUCUUGCACACUGUCGAAUCACAUUUUAGGUGGGAACACUCCAGGCGUGAAGCCUGUGCUACGUUAGAAUUAUUGUACGUAACAAUGCUUGGGAAGUGCUGCGUGAACUGUUAUCCUUAAACGUACGAAGAAUUAAGGCGGGGGGGGGGGGGGGGGACUCCACUGCGUGAACUAAAAAAGAAAGAUAAGACAGCGUUCCGCAUCCCUGCAGGUCUCGUGGAGGUUGAAACUCACGUGUGCGGUUUCUCGAGGGGUGGUGAUGUGUCGAAGUGGCUCCAGAAUGUGCUCCAUUUUCCUCUAGUCAUAGAGGCGCCGGAUGGCACGCUGACGUCUUUGUCGCAUUGCCCGACCGCGGUGUUUUUCUAUUGUUUGUUUUUGCGAACAUUGCUCACAUCGUACUCUGCUCACAACAGCAGUUCAACAGCGGCAAAACUUGUGGGUGCUGAUGUCAGCCCGGCAGCCGAGGGAAACAUAUGUACCCUGCUUGUCUGACAUGUACUAUUUUUGUAAGCGUACGUAGGCUGUGUCGAGUGAUUGGUUGUGAGAGUGACGGAUGGCUUUAGCCAACUACGAUGAUUAAAAUUUUAUUGUCUGAUACAGUAAGUUCUUAAAAGAUAAUGUUUAAGAAGUAUAAAUCAAAGUUACAUUCUUUAUUGUCACUUCCAGUACCAACGUUACAGAGUUGGGAGGUUACUUGAUUGGUGUAUUCAGUAAGUUUUUUAAACAUUUAGAUACUUUUUCUAGAAGUCUACGUUCUGGUACCAGUCAUUCACAAGGCAUGAGUGUUAUCAGCAAUUAAAUGUAGAAAGCGCUUCAUAUCUUGUGGAACAUGGGGGGUGACACCCAGUAACUUAUUUAGUAGAUUCGGAAGCUAUUAAAUUUAUCGUUAUUAAGGAGUGAAUGGAAUGGAAGAAUGAAAGAAAGAAAAUUGAACUCGCCUGAAUAAUUCAUGUGAAUUAACUUCAAGGUCUGCUGUUGAGACAAAUGUCAAUGCUUUACGUCGUUCUACGUGCUGGCGCACAAACUAUCACUUACUGAAUGAAUACCAGCGCUCCAUUUUUCACAUAAGCAAAGUGGUGUUCUUACCAUCACCGUUCUUCAAGUGGCCUACUUACUGUCGCUAGUUGCCAGUUUGUGCAAUAAGUGAGACUCUACAUUGAAUAAAUAUAUACAGAAUACUCACUUUGAAGUUGAAAGAAACCAUACGAGCCACAUUCCAGUUUUCUAUACUUUCAUGUGUUUGCAUUGCUGCUUCCAAGUUAUUUCUGCAUAUAUCAUUAAAUUGUAGGAAAUAAUGCUUGCUGGUGGUGAAAAAUUCAGCACUUUAUUUGGGCUUUCUUGUGCUCUAUCACUUACGCUUCACACACAAAAAAAAGACGGAGAAACAGGUAACAUCGGGUCGUGCGUACAAGAUUAUGGAAGGUGUAAACAGGCAGUACAACAACAUUUCAUGUGACUGAAAAGCAAAUGGAAUAUCGCCCGAAUAGAUUGUGCGUAUUACUGUUCGAACAAAGAGAGAUAUAAUAUAGUCUGUGCUGCAUAUUUUAUAUACAGCUUGCUAUCUCUGGAAUCUGUGUUUAGUGACAUGCUUUAACAAUUGAAUUAAGUGAACUUGUAAAAGAAAAAAAAGUGUCAACUGAUGUCUUUAACACUUUGUCGUUCGUGACGUUCACGUCAGUGCUAACUCGCCAAGCUUUACUCUAUCCUUGUGAAGAAUGAGGCUGUUAUUUGUUUCAGGAUAUCGUUCACCCAUCAUUCACUGAUUCAUUCACUUACUGAUAUUGCCCGCCUACUCUCUAACUCAUUGAUUCAUUGCUCUCUCUACUGAUUCACUUAGUAGCACGCUUAGUCAUGCAUGCCAUCAAUUCAUCAUCUAGAUGUGAAAAAAAAUUACGAGGCCCCAGGUAGCACCCAUUGUUAUUCCCGCUAGUAAGCAUAAGCACUCAUAUUGCUGUGUAAAUAAGUCCCUGGUGUGAAACACUUUAGACCUACAAAAACUACAUUGCGCAGGCACUGUCAAAGUGUCCUAUUGAAUGUUAGUACCGCGCAUGCAGGAAUGCCUGCAUGUGAAUAUUUAAGCCUCUACAUUGUUAAAUUACGCGUUGUCAUCGUGAAACGUACUUUUUGUGACUGCACAAAAACCAACAAGCCCAACGCUUCGCGUUUAGAAUACGAGCUAAAGUGGACGUACUGGUUUAGUGCCAUAAAAAGCUAACGCUGACUGUGGAUCAUGACCUAAAAAUGAGCAGAAAGCUUGAGCUUGGUGUCUGAAACAAACUAAUAAUACAUAAAUAAAAUCGAUCAGACUAGCCCGCUAUAGGCCACAAACCAAACCAACCCGACCAAACCGCUAUAAGCAUUUCUUUCACUUAAGGCGCCGUAUUUAUUAUUUGCUCCAGUUUCAUAAAUGACUGAGUGAUUUAUGCGGUCUUGAAACGUCGUGAUGCGAUGAAGACACAAAGGCCAAUAAAUCUUAGCGCCUAAAAUCAGCACCCGGAAUUGGAAAACGUUUUACGUGACGGGUGAAACCUGAGCAACGUGUUUAUUUUGUGUAAUAUUUCGGGGAGCCCAAAGUUGAAAACUGCAAUGGCGCUGAGCCUUUGGUUGCCACUUAAGCCUACUGGAAAGGCUGCGAAACCUUCUGCAACAGCUGAAAAUGAACCGUACUUCGGAGAUUUGUUUACUGAAGCGUAUGAAGCCUUACUUGAGCAGGCGGCAUCGACACUUGUCGUUGGUAAUAUAGGAACGCGUACAAAAUAUCGAAAUUUCAGGGAGUCAUCCCAAACAUGGGGCAACCUGCGUGUUGCGUUACGCACGGAACACACCCCAACAGUGUCUAUAAGCACCUAAUAUUUCUUCAAGCUUCAAGGAGAUCUUAACACGCACAAUAUCAAGCUUGUUUUGCAGGACUACUGAAGACUGCUUAAAAUUUGCAGGAUGGGCUGAGAAAAUGCAAAACCUUUGUUCAAGUAGCACAUGUAUUCAUAACGGCUAAACGUUGGUGAUGACUUAACACCGUACAGAACAUGUCAGUGUUAUGAUUAAGCCCUGAUAGAAGCACGAAAUUAUUAUUGUCAUACGCAGAAAAAUACCUAAACCUGCUACACUGUCUGAGGGACCACGCUGAUGAUACGAUACGCCACAUGACUUUCCGCACAAGGCAGCCUGCAACACAGCAACUCAAGCGAGAACGUGGGCAGUCUUUUCCAGGUUGCGUCAUUCCGGUACGGGAAGUCGUAAACUUCCUGUUACUGCUUCCCUUGCAGUUGAUGCCAACUUGAUAGCAUUCUCUGAAAUGUGCCUGCGUAACACCUAUCUCACUGUUUCAUGAAUGAGAUUAUGCUCUUUUAAGUAGGACAUUUUUUGGUAUCAUCAAACAUUGUUAUCAUAAAAUGUUUGGUAUUUCAACCGUUAGCUGUUUGAGCUGAGCAGUUUUUUCAGAAGUGAUCGGAAGGUAACGCUCUCACAACUAUAAAGAUACAUGACAAAAGAUAAGAGGCCCUGCAGCGAUGGAAGUUUUCCAUGUGGUUACCAAUAAUAGCGUCUGAACUCACACACAUACACAAAUAAGAAUAGCAGCUCACAACUUCCAAAGAACGUCACACAAUUUGUGCUUAUUGUAUAGAUUAAGGAAACUUGUGCGCUGUUGGCAGUGGAAAAUAUGUGUAUUAAGCAAAUCAAGAAUGGAUCAUAGUGCAUAGUGUGAUUGCCUGCAGUUUCUGUAAAUAGGAGGAAAUCUGAUAUUUUUGACACUUGCUUGUGGAAUAUUCACUAGUGGAUUUCAAAAAUGUAUUAUACACUGCAAGCGUAUUUUUGUCUGUAUUGCGAUCUCUCACGCAGUAAAUAGCCUCACACUCUAUAUUAUUCAUGUAUCGAUGUGCGCACUACACUGCCUCAUGCAGUUUUAAGUGAUACUA